AUGAGGAUCUGGUGGCUCCUGUUCGUCUCCGGGGUCUGCGCAGGGAUGGUGAACUCACAGGACACCUGCAGGCAGGGCCACCCUGGCGUCCCCGGGAACCCGGGUCACAAUGGAUUGCCCGGGAGAGAUGGACGUGAUGGAGCAAAGGGCGACAAGGGGGACGCAGGCGAACCAGGACAUCCUGGUGGCCCAGGGAAGGACGGGAUGACCGGAGAGAAAGGAGAACCAGGAGCCGAUGGAAACGUUGAAGCAAAGGGCGUCAAAGGUGAUCCGGGCUCAAGAGGGCCCCCAGGGAAACACGGGCCAAAGGGACUUGUGGGCCCCAUGGGAGAGAAAGGCCUCAGAGGAGAGACCGGCGCCCAAGGGCAGAAGGGGGAGAAGGGCGAUGUGGGUCCCGUUGGUCCAGAAGGGCCAAAGGGCAGCAUUGGACCUUCGGGCCCAACCGGUUUACCUGGCCCCGUGGGCCCCACCGGAAAGCCGGGUCCCAGGGGAGAUGCCGGCCCCCUGGGGCCCCAGGGUGAGCCCGGAGCCCGGGGAAUGAGAGGCUGGAAAGGGGAUCGAGGAGAAAAAGGGAAAAUUGGGGAGACGCCAGUCUUGCCCAAAAGCGCCUUCACCGUGGGGCUCACGGUGCUGAGCAAGUUCCCUCCGUCAGACGUGCCCGUCAAGUUCGACAGGAUCCUGUACAACGAGUUUGGCCACUACAACGUGGCCACGGGGAAAUUCACCUGCCACGUCGCCGGCGUCUAUUACUUCACCUACCACAUCACCGUUUUCUCCAGGAACGUCCAAGUGUCUUUGGUCAAAAACGGGGUAAAAGUCCUGCACACCAAGGACGGUUACAUGAGCUCCGAGGACCAGGCGUCCGGUGGCAUCGUCCUGCAGCUGAAGCUCGGGGACGAGGUGUGGUUGCAGGUGACGGGAGGGGAGAGGUUCAACGGCUUGUUUGCGGAUGAGGACGACGACACCACGUUCACGGGCUUCCUCCUGUUCAGCAGCGCGUGA